AUGGCAGAACCUCUCACCGAUACAAACCCAUCUGUGACGAAUGCCAUCAAGGCGCUUACAGAGAGCAUCAUCCGUGACAAACAGCUUGAAGCAAAGGCUGGAGCCUCAACCAAGGAGAAUGUUCCCUCUCAACCCGCUCAAAAAGCUGCUCCCACCUCGGGGAAGAAGCGCAAGGCAGAAACGUCGCUAGAUGAUGAAAUCGAAGAGUACACGGCAGAUCUCGACAAUGUUAUCUGCACAGACGAUUUCGAGAACGACCCGCUUCCUAGUUGUAGUUCUGUUCGCGCAAAGAUGAAAAAGCUCUUCGAUUCGGGCAUCAUGACCAAAGCAGAUUUCUGUAGAGCUACAGGCGCAAACUCCAAUUCACUUAACAGCUUCCUCAAGCAAAAGGGUCCUUACGGUGGCUCUGGUAGUUCUGUCUGGCGCAACGCAUACAAUUGGUUCAAGCAGCGUGAAGUCAUGGGUCUCAAGAUGCCUGAUCCCAAGAAACGCCGCAUCGCAGAGGCAAAGAAGAAAGGUGCAGAUGGACAGACUUCCAAGGGAGAAUCGUUGGCCAAGAGUCCAACGACGGGUCUUCCCGACAUAAGCGGCAUCCAUCUCCCCUUUGAGGAAGAAGACGAUGUACCAGUCUACGACGACUGCGAUGAAAUCCGUCGCAAGAUCAAUGCGCACUUGAGGACCACCAAUGUCACCCAAGCGCAGUUCUGUCGAGACCUGUACGCUCAGUUCAAAACACCCAAGUUCAAGGGAAUCCAGUCAAAGCAGUUAUCCGACUUUCGUUCAACCAAAGGAUCGAAUUGUGGUGCAAAGAGCUCUGUAUAUUACACGGCAUAUGUGUAUUUUGAGAAGCUUAGGAUUGCGCAGGGAAAGCCCAUGAGCCAGCAUCAUGCCUUGAAUAUGGACUUGAAUCCCGGGGGCCUGCCGAGAGAUGUUGACGGUAGAGCUAUUGUUUGGUAUCUCGGAGCUGCGUAG